AUGGGAUCGGACUGUUUGACGCCAGAAUGGGCAUCUCAACCUUGCCUCAUGGGAAUCGACGAAGCCGGGAGGGGACCAAUGGUCUAUGGAUGCUUGUACUGCCCCAUUUCCUACCAGACCACUCUUGCUUCUCUCCAUUUUGCAGAUUCGAAGACUCUGAAAGAGGAGAAAAGAGAAGAAUUAUAUGAAAGUUUAAAGCUUGACAAGUCAAUUGGAUGGGCUGUUGAUGUCAUUGGUCCCAGGGAACUAUCAGCCAAGAUGCUCGCAAAAAACAAGACUAAUUUAAAUGAGAUUUCACAUAACUCUGCAAUGGGGCUUAUCAAGAGAGUACUAGACAUGGGAGUUCUUCUGACAGAGGUUUAUCUGGAUACUGUAGGAGAUCCUGAGAAGUACAGAAAAAAAUUGUCUGAGAGGUUUUCUUCGAUCAAGUUUGUCGUUUCAAAGAAAGCUGACAGUCUUUUUCCUGUUGUCAGUGGGGCUAGUAUUGUGGCUAAGGUGACAAGAGACAGAGCGUUGAGAGAAUGGUUGGUAGAGGAAACCGGAGAAAAUAUAAACAGAAACUUUGGUUCUGGAUAUCCUGGAGAUCCUGAGACCAAGGCAUGGUUAGAGCAACAUAAGCAUUCUGUGUUUGGAUUCCCAUCACUGGUCCGUUUCAGUUGGGGAACUUGCACUGCACAUUUGAAGGGCGAAGUUGAAGUUGCAUGGGAAUCAGAUGAAACGGAAGAGGGUGGUAAUGGAAAUAGCAGUAAGCGACAAGCAAAACUAAGCAGAUUUGGGUUCACAACAUGCGAGAGUAGGAGCGAAGAAAUGGAAUCGAGUGGAAAAGGACGCUGCAAAUUUUUCCAGGCUCGCAAAAUCCAACAAGUCACUCAGUUUUAG